AUGAAGCAGUCCAGAUACCAGGAAGCUUUAGACAUGUACAAAGAGUACGAGACCCUCAUCAAGUUUUCACCAGAUGAGGCUUGGGAGCUGUACGACACUGUCUACCGCAACUUCGGUUGGAUCUACACUAGCCUCCACGAGUACGACAAGGCGCUAGACUACUUCGAAAGAUGUGUCAACAUCAAGAAGAAGCACAAGGUCCAGGCUCACUGGUUCGAUCAGUGGGAUUUGGGGAAGACCCAUGCGCGGCUGUCCUUGCAAAGGGGUGCCCCGGAGAAGCUGGAGCUGGCGGGGAAACUAAUCGAGGAGGCCCUGGCCAUGCACCGUGAGGUGGAGCCCGACGAUGUGAUCAUGCGCUGCAAGAUGCUGAACUCAGCGGGCGAGUGCUGGUCUGUGAGGGGCGACUUUUGCGCCGACAAGAAGGCCGCCGAGGGCUUCUGGGAUCAAGCCAUCGCGCUUCACGAGGAGUCCUACGAGCUCUACCUGAAGGUCCUGGGCCCGAAGAAGCCUCUGACGGGCUGGGCAAUGGAAGAUCUGGCGGGAGCUUACCAGAGGCGGGGGCACCUGGACAAGGCGAAGCAGCUGCUCGUGUCCGCCCUGCGGGUUGAGUGCUCCAAGGAUAUCAUCAAGCUAUCUUCCAUGGCUCGGUUGUUGGACUCCGUGCUGGAAGUCCACCAGGCAACCAUGGACGCCGCAGGGCUUGCAGACUGCCAGGACGCCAUCAAUGAGGGCCUGGAGAAUCUGCAGAAGCGACGCAUCGACCUGUCUGAGGCCGCGAGCUAUGCGGCCCUCUUGCAGAAGAUUGCGAACUUCCUGCUAGAGCACGACGCAGCCAACUGUGACGGUGCCAUCAGCUUGCUCCAGGAAGGCCCAAAGCCAAGAUGGGCGUCUUGUUGA